AGCGAGCGAGUGGGCGAUCCAUCCAGCCACUACUAUAACACUAGUCCCUCUCUCAGGACUCGGGAGCUUCUACACUCUUCUUCCUCAGUUCCUUCAUUUCCCCAUUUCGAUUUCUCUGGUUUCUUAGUUGCAGAGUUUGCAAGCAAAGUAGAGAAAAAUCACUGCAGAGAAGAGCACAAUCGAAGAGAAAUGGCGUUGGCCUUUGACGAGUUCGGAAGGCCGUUCAUUAUAUUAAAAGAGCAGGAGCAGAAGACUCGAUUGCGAGGUUUAGAUGCUCAAAAAGCUAACAUUUCCGCUGGAAGAGCUGUUGCUCGUAUCCUUCGUACCUCUCUCGGCCCCAAGGGCAUGGAUAAGAUGCUUCAGAGUCCUGACGGCGACGUUACUAUCACAAAUGAUGGUGCUACGAUCUUGGAGCAGAUGGAUGUGGACAAUCAGAUUGCGAAGCUGAUGGUUGAGCUUUCUCGGAGUCAGGAUUAUGAAAUUGGUGAUGGUACAACAGGUGUUGUUGUUAUGGCUGGAGCACUUUUGGAGCAGGCUGAGAAGCUGUUGGAACGUGGAAUUCAUCCCAUUCGAGUAGCAGAGGGCUAUGAGAUGGCUUCUAGAAUAGCUUUUGAAAAUUUGGAGCAUAUAGCACAGAAGUUUGAUUUUGGAGUGACAAAUCUAGAGCCAUUAAUUCAAACUUGCAUGACUACUUUGUCCUCAAAGAUUGUGAAUAGAUGCAAGCGCAGUUUGGCUGAGAUUGCCGUAAAAGCAGUUCUUGCUGUCGCAGAUUUAGAGAGGAAGGAUGUUAAUUUGGAUUUGAUAAAAGUUGAAGGGAAAGUAGGAGGCAAAUUGGAAGAUACUGAAUUAAUAUAUGGAAUAGUAGUUGACAAGGAUAUGAGUCAUCCACAGAUGCCGAAACAAAUUAAAGAUGCAAAAAUUGCUAUCUUGACUUGCCCCUUUGAACCACCUAAGCCAAAGACUAAACAUAAGGUGGAUAUUGAUACAGUGGAAAAGUUUCAGACUCUACGUAAGCAAGAACAGCAGUAUUUUGAUGACAUGGUUCAGAAAUGCAAGGAUGUUGGUGCUACCUUGGUUAUCUGUCAAUGGGGGUUUGACGAUGAGGCAAAUCAUUUAUUAAUGCACAGGAACUUGCCUGCAGUUAGAUGGGUUGGUGGAGUGGAGUUAGAGCUGAUAGCGAUAGCCACAGGUGGAAGAAUAGUACCACGAUUCCAGGAAUUAACACCUGAAAAGCUGGGCAAGGCUGGUUUGGUUCGAGAAAAGUCCUUUGGGACAACGAAAGAUCGAAUGCUUUACAUCGAACACUGUGCAAAUUCAAGGGCUGUUACUAUAUUUAUUCGUGGAGGUAACAAAAUGAUGAUAGAAGAGACAAAGCGUAGCCUCCAUGAUGCUUUGUGUGUGGCCAGGAAUCUCAUUCGCAACAAUUCUAUUGUAUACGGUGGUGGCUCAGCUGAGAUUUCUUGCUCAAUUACUGUAGAGGCUGCAGCUGAUAGAUAUCCUGGAGUUGAGCAGUAUGCCAUCAGGGCAUUUGCUGAUGCUUUGGAUUCCAUCCCAAUGGCACUUGCAGAAAAUAGCGGCCUUCAACCCAUUGAGACACUAUCUGCUGUGAAAUCUCAGCAAAUUAAGGAGAACAAUCCUCGUUGUGGAAUAGAUUGCAAUGAUAUUGGCACAAAUGACAUGAGUGAACAAAACGUUUUCGAGACACUGAUAGGGAAGCAACAGCAGAUCUUGCUGGCAACACAAGUUGUCAAAAUGAUAUUAAAAAUUGAUGAUGUCAUCUCACCUUCUGAUUAUUGAGGUGUGGUAUUUGUUCUAUGCACUGCUUAACCAACAAUGAAACUCAUAAUACAUUGUUGGCUUGAUUCGGCAUGAUGAGUCUCUUGGAGAUGUUCAUUUUAUGGGAUCUCGUUUUAGCUUAUAAAUUUUGGAUUGGCGUCCAUUGGAUAUCUGGCAUGAAAAUUCUUGUUCACUGUUUACUGAUUUGAUGUCUUGUGAUCACGCAUUUAUGGAAUGCAGCUAUUUUUUCC